GUCAUAUCAAAGGUUGUGAGGCUCUCUCAUCCACUAGAGUGUGAAAGGGCACCUACGCACCUCUACCUUCCACCACAGGUUCUUCACCAACAAAAAACUGAAGAAUAGAAAUGCCUCAAAACCACUAAAGCUCAGAAGAAGAGCUGAGCUGAGCUGAGCUGAGCUUCAUACUUUUGCUGCAAUGGCGUCAAAGACUUGCAUCCAAUUGAACAAUAUUACAAGUAGAGCUUCCAUCUUACGGCCUCCUCCCAUUCCCAUUCCCUUUCCCUUUCCCUUUCCCUUUCCCACUAAGGAAAAGCUCAAUUUGCCGACAUGCAAAGGCCUCAAAUUGACCACUGCUUCUCUCUCCUCUUCUCUAUCCUCCACUCACCGCCUCCGCCUCCGCGGCCGGCGCCGCAAGUUUCCUGUGUGCGAAGCCCAAAAUACCGUCGACAAAGUUAUGGUGAUCACGGACUCCAACUGGAACAACUUGGUGGUGGGGAGUGACACACCGGUUAUUGUCGAGUUUUGGGCUCCAUGGUGUGGUCCAUGUCGGAUGAUCGCUCCUGUGAUUGACGAACUUGCAAAGGAGUAUGCCGGAAAGAUCAUGUGUUAUAAGCUUAACACAGACGAAUGUCCCACCAUCGCCAGUCAGUACGGAAUUAGGAGCAUCCCUACAGUCUUGUUAUUCAAGAAUGGAGAGAAGAAAGAGAGCAUCAUUGGAGCUGUACCAAAAUCAACACUGAGUUCCACAAUCGACAAGUAUUUGGAGAAGUAGAGAUGAGAAAUUUAUGCCCCUCAAGAUCACAAUUCUCAUGUAUUUCCAUUGUAUUUCUAUGUAAUAUUCAAAUGCUGAAAAAUAUGUUUAUUUCCAUUGUGUAAGAUGGAUACUACUGGUUCAUAAUAGAAGUCUUUGAAUCAUAAGAUCACAA